AUGGAUCCCCGCCACAGUGCCCAAGAUGUCGCCCGAUGUGACCUUUGUGAGGACACUAUAGCACAAAACUAUUGUGAUUACUGUCAUGUCAAUCUGUGUAUUCCGUGCGUAGGAAAACAUAUUUCUGAUGGUUAUGACAAACAUAAAGUGGUCCCAAUUCAAAUAAGAAAAUCAACCUUGAUUUAUUCCAAGUGCACAGCACACGAAACAAAGAGAUGUAAAUUUCAAUGUACAAAGUGUAAUAUAUCUGUGUGUUCUUUGUGUAAUAUAUCAGAUAAACAUAAGGGGCAUACCAUUACAAUUCUUUUAGAUAUAUUUCUUUCAAAGAGAGAACUCAUAGAGAAAGAUACUGAAGAAUUAGAAACUAUAAUUUCUCCAACCUAUGAAGAAAUUGCCACUGAUUUGGAAGCUCAGUUAGCUAAUAUUGAUGGAGAAUAUGGAAAACUUACAGAAGCAGUGACAAAACAUGGAAAAGAAUGGCACAAAGAAGUUGAUAACAUUGUAAACAGAAUGAAAACAGAAAUUAAGGAGAUAAAAAAUAAACAUAUGAGCAUUCUGAAGAAACAUUUAAAUGAAAUUAAACAGAUACAGACUCUUAUUAAACGAACACUGCUAAAACUAAUCAGAAUUGAUGAAUCUAAUGAAGUGUCUAUGACUAUGGAAUACAGUUCCAAUAUCAGAGAAUUGAGCACACUUCCUUCCAAAAUUAAGGUAUCACUACCAACAUUCAGUCCAAAGUCAAAAGAUUCAGAACAUCUUUAUAAAUUAUUUGGAUUUUUAACACCAUUAUGCACCACAACAGAAAAAAAUGGUUAUACAUUGAAAAACUCAGAGCAAUCAACUAGAGAACUGCUGGAAGAAUCAGAACUUAUCACCACGAUAAAUACUGGGUUUGAUAACCUCCGUAGUGUCGCCAAUCUCAGUGAAGUAGAAAUCUGGACUAGUGGAAUGGACAGUGAUAUAAAAUGCUUUAUCAAUCAAGGCUCACUUUUUAUGACAAUCAAAACAAAAUCAGGGGAAUGGCCAGGUGAUAUAGCAGUGACAGGUGAGGAGGAUUUAGUGUACUCUGACUGGAAGACAAAGAGUGUGAAUAAAGUGAAGAAUGGACAGACAGAGGAGGUGAUCAGACUACAGGGCUGGAAACCUUUACAACUCUCUGUCACCUCCUCUGGUGAUCUCCUGGUUACCAUGUACAGUGAUGAUAAAACACAAUCUAAAGUUGUCCGUUACUCAGGCUCCACAGAGAAACAAGCAAUCCAGUUUGAUGAUGAGGGUAAACCUCUGUAUUCAGAAAAUAGCAAAAUAAAGUAUAUCAGUGAGAAUAGAAACCAGGAUAUCUGUGUUGCUGACGUAGGUGCUUGUGCUGUGGUAGUGGUCAAUCAAGCAGGAAAACUCAGAUUUAGAUACACUGGUCAUCGUUCUACUACAAAGAUUAAUCUGUUUAAGCCCCGCGGUAUAACAACAGACAGUCAGAGCCAGAUCCUGAUAGCAGACUAUCAUAACCACAAUAUAGACAUCCUAAACCAGGACGGACAGUUUCUUCGUUGUAUAGAUAACUGUGAUCUGAAGGAGCCAUUGGGAUUAUGUGUGGACAAAAAAGACAACUUGUUUGUAGCUGAGUGGUGUGGAAAGCUUAAGAAAAUUAAAUAUCUUAAAUAG